GACAAGAUGCUGCGCACCCCCAAGUGCUCGAGGUGCCGGAACCAUGGCUUCCUGGUACCCGUCAAGGGCCAUGCGGGUAGGUGCCGCUGGAAGCAGUGUGACUGCGAGAAGUGCUACCUGAUCACCGAGCGCCAGAAGAUCAUGGCUGCGCAGAAGGUGCUCAAGAAGCAGGCCUCCGACGAGGAGCAGGAGGUGGCCCUGUGCGUGCCGGGGCCCGAGGUGGCCUCCGGGGCGGCCUCCGCGGCGGCCUCCGCGGCGGUAGCCAGCGCCCCAGGCUCGAGCCUCAGCGCGCUGCCUCCGCUGGCCGCUUCAGGAGUCGCCGAGCCAGGGCCUCAGGGCCGCGCGGCUGUCUGCUUUCCUGAGAGGCCCCCACCAGGCCCGAGCCCCGGGCCGAGCGCCUUCCAGCCAGUUUUGGGCGGCUGCGGCCCCCUGGGGCCGAGCCGUCGAGCAACCGGGGCGAUGCCCAGUAUUGUGGGGCCCCAGCUCGGGGCGGAGGCCGCAGGCAGGGGGUGCCCUGGCCAUCUGGAGCCGCGCAGGCCGCUGCGGCCCGUGCCCAGCCUGCCAUUCGCCGACCAUGGUAAGAUUAUCAGGCCCUGCCACUCCUCCCCUCAGCAGUGUCCUGGCCCACUGUACCCCAGCUGCUCCAGCAUGCACUCCUACCGCCCAUUCCCACUGGGCUACCAGGAUGCAUCCCCAACCCCGGGGAUCCCUCUGCAGCAGGGCUUUCGGCAUGUCUCCUGCAGCCACUACCAUGGAGGAGGCUUGGUGUCGGAGCCAGUGGGAGACUUGCAACCCAGCUACUACCCACCGCCUCUGCCGCCGCAGCCCCAGGUCCUGCCGCCAGGCUUCCUCUCUGCGCUCCACUUCCUCCCACCGCCGCCGCCGCCGCCAUCGCCACCAUCUUUCUCGCUGACCGUCCUGUCUGAUACGGACAAGGAGAAUGCUGAUGACCAGGAGGCAGAGGUGCUGCGUGAGCCCAGCCAGCCAUCUUCUCAGGAGCAGUCCAACUAA